AGUUGUGAGUAUUUCCACUCGGGGGCGCUGUUUACACGGCGUGUUCUGACCUUCAUGAAAAAAUAUUACGAUUUAUUAUUUAUUUAAAUGUAUUAUUUACCACGUUAUUAGAUUGAUAAUAUUAAGACAUCCACACUUAACUUCUUGAUUAUGUGGCGCAUCCUACAGCUAGUUUAUUCAUUGUUAAUUCAUGUUAUUCAUUGUCUGGUCUGGGAGUGUGGCCCUUGUUCCAAACAACAUAAUGAUGUCCUAUAAAAAUCUGUGUUCAAAUGGAUAUUGUAUUUUGUGUAGUAUUCGUUUUGGAACUUUUGAUUCAAUGCUGAGCUUUGAGAUAUGGAUGACCCCUUCAGAGCUUCAGUCAAUUUUCUGUGUAACAGAUAUUUUUUGGACUUUGAGGACAGUGCAUCAGCAGAUCCAAACCAACACGCGUGUAUUAAAUUGCAAAUUGGCAAAGCAUCAGCCAAAGCGUUGGCUUUCCUGUAAAUGUGAUGAAGCACAAACCACUGGAGGACGCGGUGGCUCUGAUGAGGUUGAUGUCAGGCUUGUUUUGUCAUGUUCAGCUGGUGCCCAAGCAGAAAGCAGACCUGCAGGCCCGACUCUGAACCCUCUGUGAGAUACAUGACUGAAGAACAAGGAAAGAAGCAACAAAUAGGGUUUUAAAUGGCACAAGGUAACAAGUUUGUAUCAGUGAUUCACAUCAGGGAGAAGUCAGUAGUUCAGAAACGAGUCAGAUGAAGUGAGGCAGCCAUUCACAGAAACGAUGAAUGAACUUUACUGCAGCCACCAUUAAUUAGAAGCAAACACACACAUAUGCAUCGAAUGUGAAACAACAAGUAAUGGUCAACCUCCAUCACUUCCCUCCUGCAGGCUGUUAUAUGUCCAAACUUCCUCUUAUCUAACAUGCUUCUGCAAAUUCUCGACGUUACAGCUUUGGGGGGAACUGUUUCCACUCCAGAUCGCAGCAGUCAGCAGAUUUCCAGGCGUCUGCGAACGCACCGAGCUCAUGCUUGUUGGCGCUUCGUCUGCCUGAGCUGGCACCGAGUCAAGCCGGACCUCGUAACCUCGCUUAGAUAAGGAGCCGGUACCAGUCGUCUGGGCUCAGCCGCGCUCUCACGUGGUCCCGUGUAAUGAAAAGAAUGCUUCCUUGAUCGCUUUCAUUGUACUUUGAUGUGGUGGAGGAGGAUGCUUUUUAUCCUGGCAGCGAUUUCAAAGAAACCUGCAGCGCUCAUCCUUGGAGGAAUGUCGCUGCAGGCAUUUCCCAGAUUUUCUUCUCUUUCCACUCAAGUCUUCACUUUAAUUCGCACCGAACAAAGGAUUCUUGAGGUUCAGACAUUCCACAAGGAUUUCGUCUCCAUUUAUUGGAGUCAAACAAAUAUUACUGUAGGUGCCUGAUGGGAGUUUCUUCACUGUACAACAGUCCAAACACCCGCAGAAACCCAGCUCCCAAGUCUUUUCUUUACUUGUGUCAGAUUUGAUCACAUCCCCGUCUGUGGACGGCUCAUCAGGCCUUUAGCUUGAGUUGACUUUGUGACACUCAUUUGUAAAACAGAAGAAACGUGAACACGCAUCGGGACGCGGUCCGUGUAGUGAAGGCAGAGGAGGCGGGAGGACGCGGGAGCAGCAUUCCUCUCAUAGUUCCAGGACACCUCUUCUGCGCAGAGCGCAUAAAAGCAGAUGACGCCUCCCAGAGCCGCCUGUUCGCUGCCAGGUCCCACAGAGAGCAGAACGUCCGCCUCAGCCUGAACAUGUGGAACGCCUUCAUCUUCCAGAGCCUCGUCUUGACGCUGGUGGCCUCGUGUCCGGAGCGCUGCCGGUGUCCGGCUGAGGUGCCCAGAUGUGCAGCAGGAGUCAGCCUCGUUCUGGACAGAUGUGGCUGCUGCAAGGUGUGUGCUCGGCAGCUCUUUGAGCACUGCAGCAGGACGCGGCCGUGCGACCCCACCAAGGGGCUGGAGUGCAACUUCGGAGGCCUUGGUUCUGCCAAGGGCAUCUGUCGAGCUAAAUUGGACGGAAGAACGUGUGAGUACAACAAUAAGAUCUAUCAAAACGGGGAGGUCUUCCGUCCAAACUGCAGACACCAGUGCACGUGCAUGGACGGCGCCGUCGGAUGCGUCUCCCUGUGUCCUCCCAAGCUGCUGCUGCCCAAACUGGCCUGUUCCAAGCCGGAGCGGGCGGAGGCGGAGGCGGAGGGGAGGGGACGGUGCUGCGAGAAGCUCAGCUGUGUCAGAGCAGCCGAAGACGACCUCCGUCAGCGGAACGAGCUGGCGCCGGUGUGGAGAGGAGGAGCAGAGUCCUCAGCUGGUGAGUCUGACACACACACACACACACACACACUGCUCUGUCUUCAUUUGUCCUCCUGUACAGUUUUCAGGAGAGACCCGGGUCGUGAGCAGGUUCUGAGACGGGUCCAGUGCGUGUCCCGGACCUCGUCCUGGUCUCCCUGCUCCAGGUCCUGUGGUGCUGGAGUGUCCACGAGGAUCAGCAACAACAACAGCCGGUGCAAACUGCAGGCAGAGACGCGACUCUGUGAAGUGCGACCGUGCAACCAGAAGAGCUUCAGCCGAGACGAGAAAGGACAGAAAUGUCAGCGCGUGCACAAGGAGCGGCCCCCGGCUCCGCUGUGGCGUUCAGGCUGUCGCAGCCUCCAGAAGCUCCGGCCCAAACACUGCGGGAGCUGCUCAGACGGCCGCUGCUGCAGGCCGCACCGCACCCACACGGUGCCGGUCCGCUUCCGAUGCAGAACCGGAGAAAUCACCCAGCACAUGGUGAUGAUGAUCCAGUCCUGUCAAUGUGACCUCAACUGCUUGGACGGGAACGAAAACACACCUGGACCUCACAGACAUUCAGAGCUCCAGCAACUGAAGCUGUAGCGGAAACAGAAAAUGAACUGUCAUGUUCAUGUUGGUGCUUCAUAACAUGGGAGCCUGAUGUUUGCUUCUCUGUGAAGCUCUAGUUCAUGUUAGAGUUGCUUCGUAUUAUAUGUAAAUACAUUUUUUAAAUGUCUCAUGA